GGGGGCAAGCCAGGCUGGAGGGAUGGAGGGGCUGGAAAAAAUGGAUCUGGUUGGGAAGGAAAAGAGUUGAGGGGCUGGGGAGUGUGGAUGGAGGAGCUAGAGGAGAACUCAGCCAGGGUGACCAGGGCACUCCUGAUGGAGGACUAAGGAGAGCCUCCUGGGGGGAAGAGUUAGUUGUCAAAGGGGCUGCAGAGAUGUGGAUCUCAGAGCUGAGGGGGAUAAUGUCGUGGAUAAACUCAAGGAAGGAUAGAGGAACAAGACAGCUGGUUUGAGAGAUAAGGAGCUGGGCGGGUGUGUGUGUAUAUGAGCGUGUGUGCGUGUGCACACACACACACAUACACACACAAGGUUGAGAGUCUUAGUAGCCUCAGAUACUACUGGGAUGGGGGUUGGGAUGCAGAGUCAGGUGCUCAACCUGGAAAGAGUGGAUGGACAGGGACUGGGCAGGGCAGCUUCAGGAGUAAAGAGAGGGACCUGGGAAACAGUGUGCGAAGGACAGAGAUUGGUAAAGAUCUGGGAAGUGUGGGGGACUGGAAAGUUAAGAGAGCUGGGGGGAAGAGAGGCUGAGCCUCUGGCCUAAGGGCUGUGGGGCUAGGCAGGGUCAGGCGGGUCAGGACUUGGAGAGCUCCAGGCACUGGGACCGUGCAGCCACCCCAUCCACCAGCCCAGGGACCUCCUGCUACCCUCUCUUCCCUUUCCUUCUCUAGUCCACUCUCCACCCUCCACCUGCUUCCUCUGGAGUUGGGAAGGAGGAAAUAGGGGACAGGGGAUAGGAGAGGGGUGACGGUGACAAGAUGGAGGAGGUGGAGGUGAAGAAGAAAGAGGAAAAGAGACCAGCUAAGGGAGAGAGGAAGCCACACUACACACACUCGUCUGAGAUCACAUGCCCCUCUCCUCCCCCCACACCACAGCCCUGGCUCCCGACAGCCCAAGCGCUCUCCCGCGUCCAGCACCCCGCCGCCGCCGUGCAAGCCUCCCAGCCUCUGGGUCUCUGCCCCAUGCCCAUCAGCCCAGAGACUCCCGAGGCAGAAGGAUGUGCCUUCCUGACAUACUGUGCCCGCGAUUCAGCCCUGAAGGCCCAGAGCGCCCUGCACGAACAGAAGACGCUUCCAGGGAUGAACAGGCCCAUCCAGGUCAAGCCAGCCGACAGCGAGAGCCGUGGAGAAGACCGGAAGCUCUUUGUGGGGAUGCUAGGGAAGCAGCAGACAGAUGAAGACGUCCGGAAGAUGUUCGAGCCUUUCGGGACCAUAGACGAGUGCACUGUGCUCCGGGGCCCAGACGGCACCAGCAAAGGCUGCGCCUUCGUGAAGUUCCAGACCCAUGCCGAGGCCCAGGCGGCCAUCAACACCCUUCACAGCAGCCGGACCCUGCCGGGUGCCUCAUCCAGCCUGGUGGUGAAGUUUGCUGACACGGAGAAGGAGCGAGGUCUCCGCCGAAUGCAGCAGGUGGCCACCCAGCUGGGCAUGUUCAGCCCCAUCGCCCUCCAGUUUGGAGCCUACAGCGCCUACACCCAGGCCCUGAUGCAGCAGCAGGCGGCCCUGGUAGCGGCUCACAGUGCCUACCUCAGCCCCAUGGCCACCAUGGCUGCCGUGCAGAUGCAGCACAUGGCCGCCAUCAAUGCCAAUGGCCUCAUCGCCACCCCCAUCACCCCAUCCUCAGGAACCAGCACCCCUCCUGCCAUCGCUGCCACACCUGUCUCUGCGAUCCCUGCUGCCCUGGGCGUCAACGGCUACAGCCCGGUGCCCACCCAGCCCACUGGGCAGCCUGCCCCUGAUGCUCUGUAUCCCAACGGGGUCCACCCCUACCCAGCUCAGAGCCCCGCGGCCCCCGUGGACCCCCUGCAGCAGGCCUAUGCGGGGAUGCAGCACUACACAGCAGCCUACCCGGCAGCCUACAGCCUGGUGGCACCUGCGUUCCCACAGCCUCCUGCCCUGGUGGCCCAGCAGCCCCCACCUCCUCCUCAGCAGCAGCAGCAGCAGCAGCAACAGCAGCAGCAGCAGCAACGGGAAGGCCCUGACGGCUGCAACAUCUUCAUCUACCACCUGCCCCAGGAGUUCACUGACUCAGAGAUCCUGCAGAUGUUUGUCCCCUUUGGCCACGUCAUCUCAGCCAAAGUCUUUGUUGAUCGGGCCACCAAUCAGAGCAAGUGUUUUGGCUUUGUGAGUUUCGACAAUCCAGCCAGUGCCCAGGCUGCCAUCCAGGCCAUGAACGGUUUCCAGAUUGGCAUGAAGCGCCUCAAAGUCCAGCUAAAGCGACCCAAGGAUGCCAACCGGCCCUACUGAGGGCCCCCAGGUCUGGAGACACCAGAGGAAGGGGCACCUCACCCCCUCUCCCCACGACUGGCCCCAGCCCUCUCUGCACAUCUGCCCUGGGCCUUGACUGGGCUCUGGGGCAAACGCUGCUUCAUGGCCCUUGGGGGCACAGGACACCGGCCUGCUGCCACCACCCCGUCUCCCCUGAAGGGCCUGUUUCCUCCCAGGUGCCCUUUUGGCCUUUGUGAGGGAGCAAGGAACAGGCUCGAAGGCUCCGGGGUACCUGCCCUCUGAUGGGGCUCCUGUGCCGGGCCUUGUGCGCCCAGCUCUCGCACUUGCCUCCCCCACCAGUGGGCCUGUUCUACCUGUGCUGCCGGGAGGGCAGCAGGGGCCUCCCCCACGCGCCCCAGCUCCCCCAGCCCCAGCCUCUUCCCCUCACGAGGGGUUUCUCAGAAGCUGGUUCUCGCACCCCCUGCCACCCUCGGCUAGAGGUAGGAUAUCCCUGAACCCUGGGCUCCCAGCCCUAAAACUCACUGCCUCCCCGAGGGCCCCCUCUAAGGAGGGUGUGGGGCGCCCUGAGGGCUGCCUCUCUGCCAGUCAGCCACAGAGACCCUCCUCCUUUCACGAGGAAAAGACCUCCCCCAACCCCCUAAAAAUGUUUACAGUCUCUGCUGGUCCCUCCAUGUAAAUACCACAACCACCCGUGCGUUACCCGGCCCGGCCCGGACGCUGCCAUCUCUCUUUCUGGGAGUUUAGACAAUGUUUCCCUUGGAUUUUUUUCUCUCUUGAUUUCUCCCUUUGCUUUGGGGGGUAACUGGGUAUCUGGGAAGAGGGGUGUGGGGAGGGCUAAAGGGUUUAUUACCUGAUCAUUUUCUUUAGAAAGAGGUUUUAGGGAGAAGAAAUGGGGUGGGGGUGGGAGUGGUAAGGGGAGAGCGGGGAGUCAGUUUCAGACACUUCUCUAUGCUUAACUUAUUUAUUUAUUGCAUUUUACUUUUAAAGAGUUGGUCUUUUCUGUCUAAAUAAAGAAAAAAGUUUUAAAAGCACCACAUAAGCGUCUUGGGAGGUGGAAGGUAGGGGACUGAGCGUAUCAGGGAGGGGGAGGGUGGGGAGGGAGAGUGAGGUUGGGAGAGAAAACUCUUAUCAGGAAGGCCCAGCCCUCGCCCCGGAGCAUGUCUGGGGCUUGAUCAAGCUUCAAGAUCCUAUCCUUCCACCCUUCUUUUGCACUUAAUUCUGGAAAGCUCUGCAGAGCUGGGCACAGAGGGGAGAAAGCAGGUCGGCAGGCCUCUCCCACACUCAGCCCUGUCCCGCUGAAGGCUGAGGACAUCUCACAGCCCAGACCCCAAAUUCUCCCUUGUUCAUGUGGGUGAGCUGUCCCAGCACCAGCCAGGGAGGGGGGCGGAUACUGGGAGCUGACUGCACCACCACCAUCUAUGAAGCAAUUGCUCUGUAUGUGGCUCCCUUCUAGGCCUUUAAUGUGCAUUUCCUCGUUUAACCUCCCAACAACCCUGCAAAGCAGGACUUUUUUAGGGCCGCACCCAUGGCAUAUGGAAGUUCCCAGGCUAGGGGUCGAAUUGGAGCUGCAGCUGCUGGCCUACACCACAGCCACAGCGACGCCAGAUCCAAGUUGUAUCUUUGACACCCCCCCAGCUCUGUGCAAUGCCGGAUCCUUAACCAACACUGAGCGAGGCCAGGGAUUGAACUGGUGUCCUCACAGAUACUAGUUGGGUUCAUUACUGCUGAGCCACGACAGGAACUCCAGGAUAUAAUUUUACAGACAAGGAGACAAAGGCUUUGGAGGUAAGUUAACUUACCCAGUGUCGCAAAGUGACUAAGGGAUGGCUGCAGGAACGGAACCCAGGCAGAAAAGCCCAUGAUGCUCUUGUCUUAUAACUAGAUCCAAGAAGCAUCUAGCAGGCUGGAGUAGUGACCCCUAUCAAGCAGAAGGCAGAUGCAUUAAGCCCUAAGAUCCCUCCAGUUCCUAGAUUCCUCUGUGAACUGCUUUCAGGCUGGGGUCAGGGGCUCACACAAGUAUCCUCUUUGAUUCACAGCCCAUGGGGCACUGGCUUCUUGGCAGCCACCUGCUACUCCACCCUCUUUACAUCCUGCUUAUAAAGGACCUUCCAGCCCCAAACUGGCCUCAGGCCAAAGCUGUUCUGGGAGCUUAGAGAGAUGAGUAAAUCCCCACCUCCACCCCACACUUCUGCCUUCUCUUAAAACCGUCCCAAACUAGUAAGAGUUAAAAAGAGAAGUAACAUGUGCAGCACUCUAGGGAUGUACCUGUGGACAUUGUUUCAGGAAGAAAGUCUCUUGGAUAGGUUAAGAAAUCAGGGAUAGGACUUACUCAGAAGGAAGAGAAUCCAGUCAGGAUUCUGAGCCAAGUAUGAAGGAUCUGAAAUCUCAAUUAGAGAUACAGGGGUGGGGGCGCGUACGCAUGCUCAAUCAGAGAUGGGAAGAGGGAGGUGUGCAUAAGGAGGAGGAGAAUAGGAGUUGGUAUUAACAUAAUGAAUGUUCCCCUGAGCUGCUCACAUUGGCUUUGCAACAGUUUCUGGGUUAGGACAGAAAGAUGUAAGGUUUAAACCAAAGGGCAGCUCCUGGAGUGAUUUACUGGCUGGUAGAUUCUCCUGGGAUUUGGGCCUUGGAGGACUAGGAAGCCUCCUCCUUCCUGGCAUCUUUCCAGAUCUCAGGAGGCCCCUCACACAAACCUUGAAGACUACAUUUACUGCCUGUCACUGCUCCCUGCUGUCUCCCCUCCCUGCAAGGCUGCAGCCAGAUUUUCUCCAGAGAAGCGGUGACUAAGUCAGGUUGCAUGGUGGGGAUGAGAAGACAGAGGCUUCUUUUGGAGAAUCGAAACAACAUCUGGACACGGAAUCUCCAGGUACUCUGACAGCAAAACACAGGAGGCCAUCUGAGACAGAAAAGAAACUUGUUUCUUGUAUGAAGACAGAUUUCUUGGGCACGACACCAGCUUCAAUAUCAUCGAACGGGUAUAAAGGAAGGGUAGUGCUGUUAGCUAUCAAAGUUCACUAACAUCUCUGAACAGAAGAGGCCUCAGUAAUAAAAGGCAGAAGAAACAGGAAAUGAUGACAAAUAGGAUCACCCAACUUCAGACCAAACAAGAUGAAACUCAGCACCAGUUUCCUCUAAAAUAAUUAAGUUACUGUUCAAAUGUUAAUGGCAGCAUAAAGAGAAGAGAGAAGGAAAAUAACUUCUCGAGGCAGAAAGUGGAGCUGACAGGUUAAUAGCAGGGGCUGGGGAAAGCCUUCCAGUUUUAGAAAGAAAAACAUUUAGGUCCUUCAAUGCAUUCCCAUUCUGGGUCCGAAUUUUCAGAGCUUUAAAAUCUACGAAUGUAAUGCAAAGUGUGUCAUUUCCUUAGAUUUGACUUGCAGGGUUUCCUUUGCCUUUUAAUUCUCCUGCUGAAAUUUUAAAACCCUUCACUGCUUGUAUUUGCGACUGAUAGCCAAACCUCAUUCUCUUCUCCAAAUCUGAGAGCUUGGGCAGCCCUGAGUCAAGCUUCUGGCUCUUAAGAUUCUCCUUCUCUGGCCCCUCUGUCAGUCUAUGUCCCCAAGUUGACAGCUUCCCCUUACUCCCCAUAAAUGAGGUUGUGUUUUCUCAUCUGCUUGAUGAAAAUAACUCCCAGCUGUGUGUUUCUAACCUAUUGGCCCUCUGUCGGUCCUCCUCGCUAGUCAAGAGCACCACCAUGUACCCACUUAGGCCAGGUCUCUGACCACACCCUUUCGGUCACGUCUAGCAUCCAAGCUGCAAAGCCCUACUGGCUCUCUCUCUAAAUGCAUCUUUACUGCCAUCAACACUGCCCAGGUCACCCUCGCCCACUGGAGGCCUGCAGUUCCCUCCUCACCUGUUUCUGAGUUCCCUCUCCUGCUCUCCUACGACCUGUUCUCCAGGGAAGCCACCUGCCUUCUACAAAUUCAUUCACAGAUACUUACUCUGCCUUUUUCACUGUUGAAUCCCCACCACCCUAAUUGGUGCCUGGAACAUUAGAAACUGCUCAGCAAAUAAUUAAGAACUAACUCCUGGACACCAAUAUGCAGGUUUCUCACACAUGCCUAAAUCAUAAUAGGUCCAGAGCUAAAAUAUUUUCUUCCCCAGAGUUUCAAGUCUUAAAUAUAUCUAUUUUAUAAUCACCUAGACAUGAAACCUUGGGAGUCUUUUACAUAAAUUCAAUGUUUAGUAUUAAAUCACAAAUAUUUUAACUCCACAAUUUUUCUCACACCCAUUUCCCCCAUUUCAAGUUAUCACUGCCCUAACAUAAUUUGAAAUCAUGCAGUUUCUUAUCAUGUCUAGUUCCUAAUUGAUUCCUCUGUAUAUAUUCUGAAACAUCGAUGUUUCUAAACUGCAGCUGAUGAGAAACAACAAAACUUUUUUUUUUUUUUAAUGUAGAACACUUCACCUGGCAUUUAAGGCUCUCCAAAGGCUGAUCUUGUUUUAUUCCUACAUGCCUCUUAAGUCCUAAUCAAAUAGGACCAUUUCUUGUUUAUCUGGGCAAGUUUGAUUCUCCACCCCGUAUCUUUUUGCUCCCAAAUAGUUAUCUGGCAUAUAAUGGCUUAAUAAAACUUGCUGAAUGCCUUUUUGUUGAAAUCUUGCCCAUUCCCAGUGGUUCACCUUAAACACCACUUUCUUAUGUUAAGAUUUCCUUAACAGCCUCCAUGGAAAGAUCUUUCCUCUUUUUCUGGUCUUUCUGGCACUUAACCCUUCCACUGCUGGGUAUCAUGUUCAUUGCUCUGUGAGGCUAAAAGCUAGCAGAGACUUUUACUUUGUUUUUGUAUCAAUUUCAGUAUCUAUGCCCUGCACACAGAAGAUAUUCAAUAAAUGUUUGACUUUAACUUCUGUUAAUUCUAACUCUGGAGUUUCACUUUCUACUUCUCUGGAUUCUUUCCUUGUUAAAGAAAAAAAUUUUUGGAGUUCCCCUUGUGGCAAAGUGGGUUAAGGACCUGGUGGUGGUGUCUCUGUAGUAGCUUGGUUCCCAGCUUCAGUUUGAUCGCUGCCUGGCACAGUGGGUUAAGGAUCUGGCAUUGCCACAGUUGUGGCACAGGUUUCGGCUCUGGCCUGGGAACUUACACAUGCCUUGAGUGCAGCCAAAAAAAAAAAAAAAAAGGAAAAAGAAAGAAACAUUUCCCUCUAUUAGCAUAGUAAUAUUUACCAGAUUCCAAAUAUUCAGUGCUGAUGGCUGAGUGAGAGACCCAGAGCAACAUCUCUUCCUGAACUGCCAAAUAAAAUGUCCAGCUACUCCUUGCUCUUAUUCUCCAAUCAAGGAGCAAAAGCACACAGAGAUUAUAAAAACAAAAACAGGAAGGUCUAUAAAAAUAAUUUAAAAUAUCCAACCUAAAAGAAGUGCUGGGCUUUUCAGUGCAGAUUCAGCCUCUGCACUGAGCAGAGUAGGUUUUCCUUUUUUUUUUUCCAGCUGUGCCUGUGGCAUAUGGAAGUUCCCAGGACAGAGACUGAAUCCAAACUGCAGCUGCAACCUAUGCCACAGCUGUGGCAAUGCUAGAUCUUUAACCCACUGCACCAGGCUGGGGGAUUGAACUCACACUGCUGCAGAGACAAUGCUGGAUCCUUAACUCUCUGCACCACAGCUGGAACUCUCAGAGUAGAUAUUCUUAAGAGUACGCAGGCCAUAGUAUAUGAGAUUCCUCUGCAGAAGCAAAGAACAUGCAAGACUACACUUAUUCUCAGGAGUAUGGGCAGAGGAAGGGCUAUAACACCCAGAGUACAUGGUAUUGGGCUGCAUUCAUUAGAGGUAAUAUGUACCUUUCAGUUCAGAUUCCAGAGAGAAGUUUCCUAAGUUAUUCGAAAAAUGAAAAGCCAUAUACACGUUGCUGGGGGUAAGGGAACAGUGCUAAGAUCUGUCCCAAGGGCUCUGCCAGGCUCUAUCUGCAUAAGGCUGAGGUCCGAGAGAAGUCCUGUGAGUCUUAACAUGGAGUUUGUGCGAGCUGGCAUAACCAACCCUGAGAGCUCAGGGAGAAGAAGGGAUUUUCAAAGGAGCCACUGGAAACAGAGCUCUGGGCCAGGGGGCCUCCUGGCUUCUCCUUUUCCCACCCCUCCCCAUCUCCUGCCCUUUCUAGUUGCUCAAGAGAACUGGUGAGAUGUUCCCGCCCAUCUUCAGACUGAACAUUCGAACUCCAAUGUCCCUUCUUCACCUCUUCCCACACAACCCAAAGGAUUUGUAGUCUAGGAAACCAAAGGAUAGUUUCAUCAAUAAAUCAAUUUAUUUAAAAGAAUAUGUUACAAUUAAUUACACUAAGUGACAUUACCAAACAAGUUUAGAGUGGUUAGCUCUAGAACAAGGAAUGAAAGAAUCACUGUUAGCCAUUGUGUGUCUGUGUAUUUUCUCUUCACAUUUCUUAAAUCACAAAUAAAAAAUACAAGAUACUGCAGUGAAAAUACAAUUAGAGUUUCUCUCAAAUAAAUUAAAAGUGUGCAUGGCCUGGGGAAAACUGAAGCCCAGCUCACCAGCUUAAAAAGGGGGCAUGAUAUAAAAUUGGUGUCCAGGUUUAGCGGUUGGCUAAGUGCCUCCACCCCAUAUCACUCCCCUCUUGACUCUGUUCUUCCCCAGAGCCCUGAGCCUCUCCCACAGCCUCCAUUACUGCUGAGCAGUGAGCUGACGCUGCCCGUCUCAGUGAGACCUGGGGGAAGAGGAAGGUCGGAGGAGGAAUCGGAAGAUGGGGAGCUUCUUUAGAAGCACACCCGCCGCCUCUGCUCUCUUGAGUAUUCAGCCACAUCACCCUCCCUCCAAAAGGAAGCUAACAUGACACAGGGAACCUGGGAGGAACCUAGUGGUAUGCUAGAGUCCAACACACCAAAUGGUUUCUACUGCUAAAUCAGUUUAGCCAGAGAACAGAGGAGAGAAGGGAGGGCACAGCUGUCCCUCUAGGUCUGGAGAUUUCAGAUCACCCAGGAUGCAGUCCUCUUUAAGAAAACUGCUUUCCAGAGCCAGGCCCUAAGUUGGCAAAUUUUGAAAUGAGAGAGAGGCGUCACCUCCUAUUAAGAGCCCUAUACCACUGCUCCAAGCAUUGGAUUUGGAGCUACAAGAGGGGAGAACCCAAAGCUACUGGCCCGGGUAACUAAAGGAUGAAACUAGAUGGGCCAGGCAUGGGGAUGUUGAACAUUUAUCUAACUCCUCCCCGAGAGCUGUCCAGGCCUAGGAGCUGCCCUGAACACUCAUCUGUACUGAGCUUAGGCCCAGAGCACAGGAGGGCAGAAAAAAAGAGAGUAGAAUAAAAACAGGAAGAGCAGAAAACCCAAAGCAUGGCCCAAGGAACCCUUCUGCAGGGAUUAGUUUCUGAGGGCCUGCAUUUUCUCCUGAUCCAUAAAAACUAUGAGCUUUGAUCAAAGAGGAUAGAAACUCUUUGUUGGGGAAGGGAGAACAACAGGAGUUCAGGGACAUCCUGCUGGCUCUGCUGGGGCGAAGCAGGGGGAAGGGAGAGCCUCUCCAUCUCCUAGAGACAAACUGCAGAAGAAGACUGAGUAGAAACCUCCCUGGGCAGAACCCAGGACCGAGAAAGGUGGGAAGGAUUCGAGAAAGGAAGUACAAAGCAAGAGGGAAAGGGUAUCACACUAACAUUGCUUCAUGCAAAGAAGAGCUUGACCCUAUGGCGCUCCACCACCACGGCGACCUCUGCCUCCAUGGCAGGACACCUGCUGUGGGUGAGAGAGAAGGCAGCGCCCCUUCACGUGCCCCACCCAUCCCCUUCAAGCUGUAGCCGGGGGCUUUGUGAGUUGUAUAACCUGAAGCAGGGGCUGUUCCUAAACAGAUUCUACUAAGAGGCUAACUACCUCUGGGGCCUUCCCCCAGUCUCCAAGCAUCGAGUGAGUGCCAGGUCAGAUGGGGAACGGAGCAGCGUCUAUCCACACUAAGGGCCUCCCCGAUGCCCUCAUCUGGAGGUCAGCAUUUGGGCUUUCCAUGGACUCCCGGGUUUGUUCAUUCCUCUCCCACUCUGAGGGAUCAGGGGACAAACUGCUGCUAUUUUUAA